AUGUCUGAGAAGUCACCAAGUUACAUAGAUGAAGCACCAGAUGGAGGAAUAAGAGCAUGGCUUGCAGUUUUUGCGCAAUUCCUACAACUUUCUGCCUUUCAGGUCUUCCAAGCGUACUACGAGGAGAAUCUUCUGCCUCACACUCCACCUUCAACUAUAGCAUGGAUCGGUUCUACACAGUAUGCACUCGUGUGCCUUCCGUCACUUGCAACGGGGCGACUGUUUGACUUGGGGUACUUCAAAAUACCAUUUUUCGCUGCUAGCUGCGUCCUCGUCGUGUGCACUUUCCUAACCGCGGAGUGCACUCAAUUCUGGCAGCUCUUCCUGACGCAGGGUGUUGGCCUUGGAGUGGGCUGCGGUUUCGUAUUUAGUCCCGCAAUCGUCAUCGUGUCACAUUGGUUCUCCAAGAGACGUGGCCUUGCUUUAUCUAUCACCGCCGUUGGAUCUGCACUCGGCAGCAUCGUGUUUCCUGUAGCGGCACAAAAUUUAAUUCCCUUAAUUGGGUUUAGAUGGACAGUUCGUGUAUUUGGACUGACUCUGAUGGCUACAAUGGGGACGGCCAACAUAUUUCUUCAACGGCGGCUUCCGCCCGUCAACGUUCGUGGGGGACUCUUUAACCUCAAAGCAUUCCGCAACAAAGCAUAUUCUACCUAUUGCAUCUCAGGAACUGUGAUACUUCUAGGUUUUUAUACAGAGUUAACAUUUAUCUCUGUGAGCGCCGUAGCAAUUGGCGUCUCGAAAGAUUUUUCAUUCUAUAUAAUUGCGAUUGCCAAUGCGGCAUCUGCUUUUGGACGUGUGUCAUCUGGACUGCUGGCAGAUAAAAUUGGCGCACUCAACACCAUUGCAGUUUUUACUGCUAUUACGGGAAUCACGACAAUCGCUUGGCCAUUUGCUAAAGAUGGAUCCCAGCUUAUCACAAUUGCCACCAUUCACGGAUUCUCCAUCGGAGCAUACGUAUCUCUGUACUCUGUGCCUGCUGUGGCAAUGGGGAAAAUGGAAGACGCAGGACGUCGAGUGGGGAUGUUCGUGUCCCUCACUGGUUUCGGAAGCAUGGCAGGUCCUCCAAUAUCAGGUGCGAUUUAUACCGCGACAGGAGGGUUCGUCGAUGCGGGUUAUUAUUCAGGCAGGUUUAUGACAUGCGCAAUCUUUGGGUGA